CCCGCCCACCCUUACUACAAAUACUCAACCAUCUUUCCUUACAUUCUUCUAAUCAUUCUUCAAUUUUUAUCAAGACUUGGGAACUCAAAGCACUUACUAACUAAGGGGUUUGUAGACGACAUGGGGGUUGAAUUGCUUGAACUUUGUUCUAUGGACAAUCUUUUCGAAUUCAAAUCGGCAAUUGAAGAAAAGGGUUUUGAUAUUGAUGGCUCAAGUCUUUGGUAUGGAAGGCGAAUUAUUAGGUCAAGAACAACUAGCAUGGCUUUUGAGGAAAGGACCCCUCUCAUGAUCGCUUCCUUAUACGGGAGCCUCUCCGUAUUGAACUACAUAAUCUCAACUCGAAAAGUUGACGUAUCUCGCCCUCACGGUUCUGACAGAGCCACCCCGUUGCAUUGCGCAGCCGUUAGCGGAUUGGAUUCGUCUCUCAAUGUUGUUGAGCUCUUACUCGCUUCUUCAGCCGACGUCAACGCGACCAAUGCGAAUGGUGACACUCCUGGAGACUUGAUUGCUCCCAAAUUGAAAUCCACGGAUCAUUCCAAACGGAAGAAGCUAGAGUCGAUGUUAAUUACAAGAGGCUCGAUACCAGAGAAGAAAGAGUACGCCUUGUUGCCAGAUAUAAACGUGGGUUUGUAUGGGACCGAUGAAUUUAGGAUGUACUCUUUCAAGGUGAAGCCUUGCUCAAGGGCAUACUCUCACGAUUGGACCGAGUGUCCAUUCGUACAUCCUGGCGAGAAUGCCAGGAGGCGAGACCCGAGGAAACACCAAUAUAGUUGUGUCCCUUGCCCUGAAUUCCGUAAGGGGAGUUGUUGUAAAGCUGACAAUUGUGAGUACGCACACGGGGUUUUUGAGUCUUGGCUACACCCGGCUCAGUAUAGAACCAGGCUUUGUAAGGACGAGGUUGGUUGCUCCCGGAAGGUAUGUUUCUUCGCACACAAGGUCGAUGAGUUGCGCCCGGUUUAUGCUUCCACGGGCUCUGGAAUACCGUCUCCAACGAGUUCGAUCGACGUGACGAUAUCGAGUUCUCCGCCCAUGGUUGGAACAGGAAGCAUGUGGCCGAGACCAAAUAGCCAUCAGCUCAAGACUUCUAUGAGUGGUCGAGACCUAGAAUUGGAGAUGGAAUUACUCAGUUUCGAGACCUUACGCAACCAACAACAAAGACGACAAUUGAUGAACGAGUACAACAGGAUAAACGGAUCCAUCGGAUUCAACCAACUGCAAUCUCCAUACGCAUUGAGUUUAAAAUCGGCUUCUUUUGCAAACCGUAGUCAAAGUUUCAUCGACAGAGCCGGAUCUGGAGCCAUGGCCAACCCGAAUUGGAGCUCGCCAGAUGGGAAAUUAGAUUGGGGAUAUAAGGGUGAAGAUUUGAAUAAGCUAAAGAAAUCUGCAUCUUUCAGUUACAGAAAUGGAAACAACACAGCAAAAGUGGCGAUGAUGGGGCCACCUCCGGGCAUUAACGAACAGAUCAUGUCUAGGGUUCGUUCUUCAUAUAAUCCGAAACUGGAUGAUGGAGGUGUUCAUGAUGAGCUUCCUCCAUGGUUUGAGCAGUUUUACAUAGAGCAAGAGCAAGUGGUCGCAUAAUCCGAAGAUCUGCAACUCUUUCUCAAGAUUAUCUACAAAUUCUCAAUGUGACAUAAAUAAUAAUAAUAAAAUAAAGAGGUUUUUCAUU